ACGCAGCCCCGCGCUAUGGUCUGCCGUGGCGUGCCCGAGCUUAUGGCCGUGCUAUGGCCGCCGUGACCUAAACGCCAGUGUCAAUCGUGUCUAAUUUUUACUCGUUAUUAUUGCCCCGUUUUACUGUACGUACGUACUGCAAGGGAGACCGAAGAACGGAGAGAGAGAGAGAGAGAGACAAGGUACGGAACGGCGUGAUAUCGGAGUAGUCGAGGGGCGUACGCGUCGAAGAAACGAUCGAAGGAGGUCUUCGGUGUACUUUGAAUUUUCGUCGAUUCGUGGCGAGACGUUGCACACCGCAUGGGAUAUUUUCUAAACAAGAAAGUUUGCGGGAAAGCGACUGCACAGCGCCGUUCAUUUUCCACGGUUCAGCGACGACGUUCUACCAUUUGAAAUCGGAAAGCCCGUGCGCGAUGUGAAGAUUUUUUUUUUUUUUUUUUCGCGUUCGAUUUCGGCUGAUUUAAACUCGAAGAAAUCGAACAAUUUACGCUGUUCUGCUGUUUCGCGUUAUCCAACGGGCGUUCUUCUUUUAUUCGUUCUUCGACGAUAUCCCCGCUCCGCCGAUGUUUCGAACGCGUGGUGAACGAUCGAGUUUUUCCCCAAAGUGGUGACGGCGGACGUAGGUUGUUUUUUUUUUCUCCGUCUCUUUUACUCUCGUUUCAUUAAUCUCGUUUAAACCCGUAACGUCACGAGCUGGUUCAAUCCGUUCGUGUGAAGUCGGUGUAUACGUGCCCGCGAAAAUUCCGCCUUCUUCGAGCAUGCGUCGAGCCGAGGAACUGCGAUUGGCGAAAAGUUUUUUUUACUCCCUGAUCGCCGAUGCAUCGAGGAUAACGUCGUAGUCAUGCUAUCGUUGUGAGUUGAGCGUAGGCGGUACCCCAAAAAAGAGACACGAGUGUUAAUUUCUUCACCGUUCGACAAAACUCUGAUUGUAAAAUAUAUAAAUGCAAAAAAAAUGCACGAAACGGAAGUGAAAUCGUCGCCUCCCUCGACUGAAAAUUCCGAAGAAGAAGGUCCGUCCUGGUACCGCAGGUGUUUGAACUACGUGAGGAACCACGGUCGCGUGGACCCUGCCAAGGUUGAAUUUCCGCACUGCGAUUUUUUCAUCGUCGGACAACGCAGAACAUUGAGGAUCCUAAAACCGACGUUGAGGGGCCGGUGGUUCUACGAUUCUAAUAACGAUAGACCCGAAUCGUUGAACGACAAUUUUUUCACCAGAUGGUCAAAGAGGCCGCAUCCCUCGGGAAACUGCCGGUGUUCAUUCAGGCAAUCGGCCCGACUCAGUUCCACCGAGGAACAGAUCAUAUCGGCCGAGAUAAACAGGAUCAGGAACAGCCUAUGCGAGGCUGAAAAGAACGGUCAGGACCUCGAGGAGAUCGAGAGAACGGUGGCUAUCAAUUUGGAGAAUUUGAUCCCCGUGACGAACGAGCCGAAAAAAAGUAGCCUCGUCAACGAUGAGGGUAAAGUCCCGGAGGAGAAAAUAAUCAAGAAUAAAAUUAUCCAGGAUCUCGAGAGGUACAUCAACGAUCUUCUGCAAGAAAUUGUUACCGACUCCGUGAAGUUCGUGGCAGACGCCGAGAAGCUCACCGGACGUAAGGAAGACGAUUUCGAUGAAAAGAACGAGGACGACGUCGAUGCGAAAGUUUACAGGAACGGUUGCAUCACCGCGAAUCUCAAGGAUAGCGUGGACGCCUUCGUUAACAUAAACUUCGCCUUUCUUGGAAACGAAAACGACAACGAGAGCGACAGGAAAUCCGACUUGCAGCGCAGCGAGAGCGGUAAAUCUGUGGAUUCUGACGUUGCCAAACGAAAUCUGCAGGAUGCAUCGACAGGAUACGAGAAUCCCGGAUAUUUGGGAUCCUGCAGCGAUCCGGACGCACUCGAAUUUUACCUCAACAGACCCGUGAGCAAAAAUUCCGCUCGUUGUCCACUCCAGGAUCAGUUGGAUUGCGUCGAUUCCGGUAUAAACAGCGUUGAGACCGUUGAAUUUCAACCGGAUCAGGAACCCAGUCUGGAGGAAUCGCUGAUGGAGAUAAUCGACGCUAAAUUGGGUCGGACGCAUAUCAGAAAAAGCUGGGAAGACUUCAAAGGUUCUCCAAAUGAAAUAACCGAAGAGGUAUCGCCGGAUCGGAAAGAACAGCAGAUUUCGGAUCGGGAUAACGAAGUGACGCUCGAAAAGGACACCGACUCGGACGAACGAAAUACUCCCAAAGACCUCGCACCUCUGGACGAAGUCGGUGUGGAACCCCAAUUUCAAAAGCUCCGACUGGAGUUCACCGGCAAAUCUUCGACUUUGGAGGACGUACAGUUGCGAAAGAAAUCCCUCCCUUCGUUGCGGCGAAAGAAUCGAUCCUGCGAUCCUUUCGGUAGACCGCACGAGGAUCUCCUGGAUCUCGAUGAGCGCAAGGAAUCGGAUUCGUCCCCGGAAUAUCUCGGGCAAUGCGAGUCGAAGACGACGGAAGACUCGGGUUCGUCGGCGUACGCCGAGGAUCCUCGUGAGUUGGUGCUUUUCCGUAAAAAUCGAAAGCCCACCAUCGUUUUCCUCCACGGAUACGGUUCCAGCGCCGACGUUUUCGAACGACAAUUGGAAUAUUUUUCGAAUCUCGGCUACCCCUGCAUCGCCCCCGACAUGCUGGGACACGGUCUCAGUUCCGCUCCCGAUCGCCCUCGGGAUUAUCACUUCAACAAAUUGUUCAAAGAUCUCGAAGUCCUCCUUCAUCACUACGCCUUCAGACCGGGACAGAAGUGCGUCCUGGUCGCGCACAAUUAUGGUCCUCGAAUUGUUCGUUCCAGUUGCAGUUUGGCCGCGGCCAUGGCCUGUAAAUACGACAGUAAUAUACAUCAGUUAGUUCUGAUAUCCGGAGGUGGUCCAACCCCCUUGGCUCGUCCGAGUGCUGAGGGUGCAGCUCAUUGCUGUCUUCGAGCAUUGGUAGCUCCUCUUCUCGUUUGCGGACUUCGGAGAGAGGUCAUGUAUUCCCCGAGGGGAAGACAGCACCCUUACUGCGGUACGGAAUCACCGGAACAGCGGCCGUCCCACAUGAAAUACGUCCUCGACGGCAUGGAGUGGCCGGACGGCGAGUACACUUUUUACAGGAGGGUUUGCACCCCGACUCUUCUGGUUCACGGACUCAGGGACAACGAGGUGUCGCUCGUUCAGGAAUGCCAGAUGGAAAGAACAAUGGUAAAGGCGUUUCUCGAAGCACUACCCUCCGCCGGUCACAUUCCGAUGAUGGACUGUCCCGAUCAAUUGAACCACAUGAUACACUGCUUCAUCGAUUUGUGGAAGAAUAAAAAGUGGUAGGAAAAAAAACGAAUUUCACCGUGUGGAAAGAAAAAGAAGCGCGUCCGUUGGCCGACUGUUGUAGUUCUCGUUGUUUUUGUUGUUGUUCUUGUUACAAUUGUUGCUGAUAAUUAUUAGAGGCUCUGGAAGCGAUCGCGAGCGGGGCCGUAAAGCAGAGUAAUGAAAGGUUCGAAGCAGGAAGCGAGUAAUAUACCAAAGAUAAUCAUUUGUACGAUGUUUUUCUAUCGCAUUGUAAGUAAUAUCCUUCCGAAGCAUAAUUUAUUAUUCAUUUACAAUAAAGAAUUGUUCUUUUUUUUUUCAUAUAA